CUCUCUCUAUUUUUUUUCUUUCUAGAAAGUACCGCAUUACUCUGUUUUUCUCUCUCCCACUGGUCAACUUUCAUGGCUUCCGUCGUCGAAUCUGGGUGGCGGUAUCUCAUCACACAUUUCAGUGAUUUUCAACUGGCAUGUCUAGGAAGCUUCUUUCUUCAUGAGAGUGUUUUCUUCUUAUCUGGACUUCCCUUUAUAUAUCUUGAGAGAGCGGGAUUGCUGAGCAAGUACAAGAUUCAGACGAAAAAUAAUAGCCCUGCAGCUCAGGAGAAAUGUAUAACUCGCCUACUGUUGUAUCAUUUUGGCGUCAAUCUACCAGUUAUGAUAUUCUCAUAUCCUGUCUUCAAAUUCAUGGGCAUGAGAAGUAGUCUUCCUCUGCCGUCCUGGAAAGUAAUUUUUUCACAAAUAGUUUUCUACUUCAUCCUAGAGGAUUUUGUAUUCUAUUGGGGACAUAGGGUUCUCCAUACAAAAUGGUUGUACAAACAUGUGCACAGUGUUCAUCAUGAAUAUGCUACACCUUUUGGACUGACUUCUGAAUAUGCUCACCCUGCUGAGAUACUGUUCCUUGGUUUUGCGACUAUCAUCGGUCCUGCCAUCACCGGUCCCCAUCUAAUAACACUCUGGUUGUGGAUGGUACUUCGAGUGCUUGAGACAGUUGAGGCACAUUGUGGCUACCAUUUCCCAUGGAGCCUCUCAAACUUCAUUCCUUUGUAUGGCGGUGCUGAUUUCCACGACUACCAUCACCGUUUGCUUUAUACGAAGUCAGGCAACUACUCCUCGACCUUUACUUACAUGGACUGGAUAUUUGGAACUGACAAAGGUUACAGAAAGUUGAACGAGCUGAAAAAGCCUGGAGUGGAAGAAAGCAGCAAAGAGAAGUAGCAAGAGAAAACUUCCCCCCCCCCCCAAGAAAUUGGCUGCACUUCAAAAUGAGUUUCCUUGAUUUUGGAAGAGUCUUGUGUGCAACCAACUUUUUUGUGUUUAAUUGAUGUUUCCUUUAGAGCGUGUCAGUUGUGUGGAAUUAGCUGGAAGGCGUUCUAUGGGACACUUUUUCUCUGCUAUUCCUUAAAGUGAAUGAAGUAUCUACACUUCUAUUCUUUACACUUUUAUUCUUUUUUAAUUCCUUUGUUACCCUUUUCACUUUUCCAACCACUUUCUUGAGCACGAAUUCAUUCUACUAGAGAUUGCUUUUAGCCUCUCUCCAACACUU